GUUUGCUCUAAUCCAAUAACGCAUGCUUUAAACCAAAAGCCGUUUGGCUUUACUAAACACAAUAUCUCAUUGACUUGAUCAACAUAUACACAAACAAUACUUUAUAAAUAAACCAAACAACAAGUAAAAAGAGAAGAGCAAAUGUCCCAAAUGGAACCCAAAGAAACAGAGACACCACCACAACCUAGAAAACAACCGAGGCAGCAUCCUUCUGUGCCGUUCGUUUGGGAGGAACGGCCUGGCUUACCAAAGAAGAACUGGCAACCUUCACUAGCCACUUUCGUGCCUUCUCCUCCUCCGCUUCCGCCACCUAUCCCUGUCCCAGUUAAGCUGGUCACCUCCGUUCCUUUCUGUUGGGAAAAGACCCCUGGAGAACUGCUACUCAAGCUUCCACAACCACCGUCGGAAACCUCCAAGACUCCUCCAUUACCACCUCCGGUCCCAAUUCCGGUCAAGCUGGUUACGUCGGUUCCUUUCUGUUGGGAAGAGACUCCUGGAAAACCGGCUCCUUCUUCCGCAAAUGACCCACCUAAGCUUCCACAACCACCGUCGGAAACCUCCAAAACUCCUCCAUUACCACCUCCGGUCCCAGUUCCGGUUAAGCUGGUUACAUCCGUUCCAUUCAAUUGGGAAGAAACUCCUGGACAACCAUACCCUUGCUUUGUUGAUUUCAACCCACCUGACCCGUUGGACCAACCUCUGUACGGUUGUGAGGCUGAAACCAGCAGUGAUUGCUUCAGCUCUGUGCCGAUAUCAGGUGCUUUUACAGUGGAUGACUUUGAUGAAAACCUGAACAGGGAGACGAGCUCGAUGCCAACAUCGCCAGCCUAUGAUACUGAUGACAGUACGAGCAGUUACAUGACGGGGGCUUCCAGUCUCGUGGGAGCUUCGUUCUUGGAAGAGCUCUUUCCUCCACGUCUUCCACAGGAGAAGGUCGAAGAAGCUGCUUCUCACCAUGCUCAGGUUACUACAGCUUCUAAUGGCAUCAACUUUGGCUUUCCUGUGAGGACGCAAUAUACACUCCGGGAGUUAAUAAUGAUGAGCCGAAGGAGGAGCUACAUGAGAGAGCACAAUCCUUCCAUGGUAGAAGGACGUGAGUGGAAACGAUACCAACAAAGGCUGAAGCUCCUCUAGAAUAAAACACUUUAACAAUU